CAGCGUCGUCGUCGUUGUCGGUGGCGUUGGCGUCGGAGGCAACGCGCGGUUCUCGAGGCAAAGGCCUUCUUGGCGACCGGUAUUUCCGCGCGACGCGUGUCCUAGUACGCACGAUCAUCGUGGCUGUCACACGUUAUCGCACGUAUCGUACUCACGGUGUCGUUCCUUGUCAGAGGUCAAGGAGAACAUUUUGGCGGUAGAACGUAUAGGUGCGUGGCGCGCGCGCGCGCGCGCCCAAGAUAAAGGUACAGAGAGAGAGAGAGAGAGAGAGAGAGAGAGAGAGAGAGAGAGAGAGGAAGGAACUCUCGAUGACCGCCGCUCCCGUUAUCGCGGUGGAUGUCAAAGGGCAACGUACGACCUGACUAGAGCCGUGCCAGGGCCGUGCCAGGGCCGAAGCAGGGAUAGCGUCGCGCUGGCGCGCGUCUCCUCCUUCGGGCGACGUCGCGACGUCCUCGAAGCAGAAGUAACUUGGACGAUUUUCCCUUCUCGUCAUCGCCGUUUUCAUCGUUACCACCAGCAUGGAUUGGCUUCGCAAACUCGGACCUAUUCUUCUCUUACUGCUCUUUGCUCUUGGCACCGAGGACUUUGCGAGGACAUUGGGAGAGAUCUCGAAGGACGUAACGUCACGAUGAACGAGAGAAAGCGGAAAUUUCGGGCUUUGGACGAUCGCUUUCGCGGAUGCGACGUAUCCGGCAAUUUGGCUAUUGUCGGGGAACGACGAUACCAUGAAUGCGGGUGCACGCAAAAGUAGAAGCGCUCAGGAUGCUGGAGCUCGUUAUACCGCAAUACGUUGUACGAGGACAGAACAUACGUCUCGAGUGUAGCUUUAGCCUGGACGGCGAGAUACUCUACUCGGUUAAGUGGUACAAGGAUGGCAACGAAUUUUAUCGAUACGUACCCAGGGAUAUGCCACCUGUAUUGGUUUUUCCACUUCCCGGCGUUACCGUCGACAUUCAUAACUCUACCGAAAGAUCGGUCGUUCUUUACUCCGUUAAUCUAAUGAGUUCUGGAAGAUACAGGUGCGAGGUUUCGGCGGAGGCACCUUCCUUUCAGACUGUAUCCGAUCAUUCCGAUAUGAUGGUAGUCGCCCUACCCGAGAACGGGCCUGUUAUCACGGGUAGACCUGGCAGGCGUCGUUAUCAAGUGUCGGACGUCGUGCGAUUCAACUGCACGUCGGCCAAAUCGAAACCAGCCGCUAUGCUCAGUUGGUUCAUAAAUGGCGAGCCCGUCGAUCCACAAUACCUAAGAGGACCUCAUAUCACGGAGGUAGACCGCGAGGGUCUAGAGACCGCCGUACUUGGUCUGGAGUUUCGUCUGCGUACGAAACACUUCAAGAAGGGUGACAUGAAGAUCAAAUGCCUGGCGACGAUAGCGACCGUAUAUUGGAAAUCGAACGAGCUCAGUAUAGAGGGUGAAAGGCCCCUAAAGAUUCCGGUAAUGGAGAGUAGGGAGACAAGAGCGCAAGGCCACACACACGCGGAACACAUUUUGGCGAGUGGAACCGUCAAAUCCAUAGCAUCAUCUCUGUCGCUGCUAACCCUAGGAUUACUUAUAUUCCGGUAAGGUCAAAGGACUCUCCUCCUCCUUUGUCGCUCCUAAUGACGCAUCGGCGUGAAAUAAUCUAUCAAAUUAUCUACCUUGUUUAUAUUUUUUUAUCAUUCCACUUAGCGAAGCCUAGGGUCGCAUAAAGUGUCGCUUUUAAUUAAUUCAAGUGCAUACGCGUGCGCAUAUUAAAGAAUUCCGACGAGCGAGACCGAUCGUGGAUGAUCGAUAUGCUCGAUAUUUUUACAAUGAACUAGGAGAUUUUAUUGAUAAAUGAUUUUCAACGGAUAGUCUCUCUAUCUCUUCGAUCCUCUUUUUUUCAUUUUUGUAUUUUCACUCGAUAAUACGCGCUUUUACCGGGAUCGAUCGGGUACAAUGCGUGUCGUACGGCGAUGAUAUUAUUUUCAAUUCCAUGUAAAAACUCGUUAAUCAUUGGUAAUUUUGAUAUUCGGGGAAAAACAAAAAGAAAAAUGAAUUAGAUUGGCGUACGAACGACGAACGACGAACGACGAACGACGAACGACGAACGACGAACGACGAACGACGAACGAAUUAUCAGCAUACAUAUCUAUGGAACGAAUCUAUGCAACUACUUAUACGCAAUCGAUUUCUCAUUCAACUUGAUCGCGCUUGAUCGAUAUCUCGAACGUCGAAAAGAUUAAUUAAAAUUGUUUGAAUGAAAUGUAAAAGCGAUUGUCCGAAAUGGACCUUAUCGAAUGAAUCAUUUAAUCAUAGGAUUUAAUCAAAUAGAUCAAGGAACGAUCGAUAGAAUUUCCAGUUUUAGGGGAUACCAUCUUUAUCGUACAUAUGCAUGUAAAUAGAUCCUUUUCCCAUUUACGCGUAUAAACAUAUUAGCGUUGAUUAUUAUAUUUAUGACUGAAUUUCUUACUUACGAUUUAACAAUUUUUCCGUAUAUCAAUCGCCAAGCAUGCCAUUAAAUUUCAAUGCGUUGCACGAUUAUAAUCAUACUUAUCAACUAUCAUAAAAAUUUUAUAAUCGGCCUUGGGAUAUAAUCGAUUUUUAACUCAAUCGUUGGACGAUCAACUUGACGCAAGUCCAGUAUCGAGAGUCCAAGCUGGUAUUAUAAUUUCUUACGGUACAAAGUAUGAAAAUAAAGAAAUUCAAAGGCGAAGAAAGAGAAAACGCAAAAAGAAGAAAAGGAAGAAGAAAGGAAAACAAUCAACAAUAACAUUUCAAAUCGUUGUUGCGCUCUCUACAUCAUAGCUUUUAACAUUCUAGUCGCUAUAAAUCAUACAAUAAUAAUGAUGUCAUAUUUUAGGAUGAUUGUAAACUAUGUAAAUCUAGCGUGUGUACCAAAGAUAUUGAAAUUAUUGCGAUAAACAUUCCUAAUUGUUAAUUAUAGUCGUAGAAUGUAAUUAAAGAUAAAUGCGACUAAAAUUUCAUAUACGACGACUUUAACAAUAUUUUGUACAUAUGUACAUAAA